AUGACGUCCGAGAUGCUGGAAACGGUGUCUCGUUUCGGCGUGCCGAUAAUUCCCUUCACCGCGACGAACCAAAUCCCCGUUCGCACAGCCAAGGAACAAAAUCGUGAAGAGUACAACAGAAUUAACGCCCUGACAGUCUUCGUUCAAUGCGUGGAGCGAGGAACAUCGGGGAAAACACCAGCUACGGGACACGCGGCAAAAUCGACGGGAAAAUUACCUGCGCUCUCUGCGACGAGUAACUCGAAGAAAUCACGUCGCGCCGGUCGGAACGUAAUCAGAAGAACGGAGGAGCUUCACGCGCACGGAAACGAGAGCGUUUGCACAAAUGUUUGCGCCAAAACGCGUCUGGCUAAGAUCGGCCGGCAGAGACUGUCGAGAUCCUCGCGAGAUCUCGACCGCCCUGACAAUCUGGAUUCGCGAAAUGGUCGAUCGAGCGGCGACAUCAGCGGCAGCCCGCGGCUCGACGUUGUUCUGGACGACAAAGUCAAGACGAGGUCGAAGACGAAGGGAAUUGAGGCGGCUCAAAUUAAGCGCGACAUUGUGGCGGAAAAUAUAACGAAGCAAGGGAAGAAAUUGCGCGCGAAUCCCGUGAGGAUACCGGCAACGAGUAAUUUCGUCUACGAAUUUAACCCGUUCGUCGGCCGUGCCGCGGAUUCGCUAACGCCGCGGACCUGCUCGCAGUCCACGCACCACUCGAACCACCGAGGACUGCCUUCUGCGAAAACAGCUCCGACGUCGGCGAAGUCUGCAUUAAAUCGUGACACGGACUUCGCGAGGCCGAAAACGUCCGCCCUGCCGGAAUUAAACAUGCGCGUUGAUUUCAUAACGGGCGCUGAUCCAGACGCGACAGUGACGAAUCUUAAUCGGGACGCUCGUUUGCCGACACUCAGCAAGGGGGAUCAGACGAGAACGUCGGGCAGAGGACUCCACGAUAGAUGUGUAUUAUGA